UUCAACAACCAUAGAACGCGGUCUUAAAUCCCCUAAUAAAACCCACUCCCUCUCUUAGGGUUUUCGCAAUCCAUCGGCCUUGCUUCUUCUCUCUCUAAGUUCUCUCACUGGAGCUCAAUAAUUGUGUGCUAGGGUUUGGAUUUGUGGGUUGUUGUGAUCUUCGUCUUGCUGAGUGGUGAUUUUGAUUUGGCGGUGGAGGGGUGUUGAGAGUGUGGUUGGUGGCUGCAGAGAGGUAGAGUUGAGAGGGUAAAUGUGAUAAUGCCUGCUACGGACUUUCAGGGUUCAUCAUCGCCGUUCUCGAACAUUGGCCGUUCGAUCUUGAGCAUUCGACGCGAUCAGGUCCAUUCCAUGGAGGGGACUCAUGAAGUCACCGGCUUGGAGGUGGAGCUGGAGGCGUUUCAGAGGCAGGUAGCCGACCGGUUUCUGCAGGUGUCUUCGGGGUCGUCGGAGCUUCUGUCGUUGUCCUGGGUCAGGAAGCUUCUGGAUGUGUUCCUCUGCUGUCAGGAGGAAUUUAGGGUUAUUUUGUUCAAUAACAAAGCGAGUUUGGGGAGAGCUCCGAUGGAUCGGUUGAUUGGGGAGUUCUUUGAGCGGAGUGUGAAGGCGUUGGAUGUUUGUAAUGCGAUUCGUGACGGAAUUGAGCAUAUUCGCCAAUGGCACAAACUUCUGGAGAUUGUGCCGUGCGCUUUAGCCAACCAGAGGAGUCUCGGGGAGGGCCAAUUCCGCCGCGCCAAGAAGGCCUUGAUCGAUUUGGCGAUCGGUAUGCUUGACGAGAGGGACUCCAGCGUCUCCGUGGCCCAUCGGAACCGGUCCUUCGGCCGGAAUAACGUCAGCCGCGACCACCGAUCUUUGGGGCACUUCAGGUCGCUGUCGUGGAGCGUUUCCCGGUCGUGGUCUGCGGCGAGGCAGCUUCAGGCGAUUGGGAACAACUUGGCAGCGCCGAGGGCGAAUGAGAUUGUUGCCUCUCGAGGACUCGCGGUGGCAGUUUUCACAAUGAGCUCGGUUUUGUUGUUUGUAAUGUGGGCUCUUGUGGCCGCGAUUCCGUGCCAGGAUCGAGGGCUUCAGGUUCAUUUUUCAAUUCCCAAGAAUUUCAGUUGGGCGGCUCCGAUGCAAUCACUGCAUGACCGGAUUAUUGAGGAGUCCCGGAGAAGGGACCGGAGGAAUGCUUGUGGGCUGUUGAAGGAGAUUCAUCAGAUUGAGAAAUGCACCCGACACAUGAAUGAAUUGGCAGACUCAGUUCAAUUCCCAUUAACGGAGGAAAGGGAGGCCGAGGUGAGACAGAGAGUGCAGGAGCUGGGGCAGGUGUGCCAAACUAUAAAGGCAGGAUUGGACCCCUUGGAGCGCCAAGUGAGGGAAGUGUUCCAUAGGAUUGUGCGCAGCCGAACUGAGGGUCUGGACACCUUGGGAAGGGCUAACAAUGAGUGAUUCAAAUUGGUGUAGCCCCAAAAUAUGGAAUUUGCUCAUAUGUUGCUGAUUUUGGUUUUAGAGGAGAUGCAAUGAAGAGGAAGACUGAAAGAAAAAUGAGAUGAGAGUUGUACUGAGAAAUAAAAAGUUUUAGAAGGAGACUUAUUGCUGGUCGCAUAUGUUUCACAAAAAAUUGGGCCCUGCUGCAGCCUCUCCUCUGAUGGAGUAUGUAAAAAAUUUCUCAAACCUAGCCUCACAAUGCAAAACCUCAAUCCUUUUUACCAAGAGGAAGCAAGAAGAAGAAUUCCCAAAUGAAAUCCUUCUCUAACUUGGUGUAUUCUGAAAACCCCCAAAUCCCCAUCCUAAUGAGAAGGCAGAAAAUGUGAAUAUCUGCUGUCUGCUGGGGACCAAAGAAAAUACUGCGGAAGAAGUUGAAUUUGUGGUGUUAGGUCAGGCUCCAAUUAUGCUCUUGACCAGGAUUCAAUGAUUUGUAAUCUUGAAUAUUAUGCUAUGAAAAGAAAAAAGAUUACAUCAAGGAAGUAUUCCAAGCAUACUUUAUUUGUA